AUGACUUUUAAGUCGUCUCAAAAGCUCGUCAUCAUGAUCGCGGCGCGGCUGUUCCGCAGCUCAUCGCGCCACCGACCUUCCCGCGCGCGUGCCAUCACGCGCGGCGACGUGUACAUCGUGCGCCUGCGCCGCGCGCCCGUGGCGGUGCAGGUGAGCGCGCCGUCGACGGCGGCGAGCGUUAAGUUCUCCGGCGCGCUCAGCCCCGACUCCGUCUCGACCACGUCCGCCGCGCUCUUCUCCGCCUCCAUCAACUCCGCGUCCGCCGGCGGCGGCUCGCCCGUUCGCGGCGGUAGCGACUCGGGCAGUAGUGCCGCGAGUGCCGGGAGUGGUAGCAGCAACGGGGGUGUCGGGACCGGGGGGGCCGCGCGGAGGCUGCUGACGGAAGCCAGAUCGGUGGAGGAGAGUGUUUCCGCGCGGAUGGCGCGGGAUGGGGGAGACGUUGCGCGGGAGGGCGCGCGGAGAAACAGGCGGAAGCUGGCGGCGGCGGAUUGGGGCGCGGAGACGCGCAACGGGCGGCCGUGGUUCGACCGGUCGAGCGCGUUAAUCCAAUCGCUAGUAGACACGUUACAGGACGAGCAGAAUAAAGUUGCGCGACAGGCGGGACUCACUAACAUCACACGGGACAUCUUAUAUCGGUACUUUUACAUCUCCAACGGGUUCGCGGCGGUGCUGACGGCGGCGCAGGCGGAGAGUCUGCGCAGCGACGUGCGCGUGCUGCAGGUGCUGCGGAGCCGCGCGGUGCAGAAGCAGACGAGCGAGACGCCCGCGCUACUUAAUCUCCCCAAGACCUUCUGGAGCGCGAGUUAUACGGGCGAGGACGCCGUGAUUGGCGUCGUGGACACGGGUAUCUGGCCGGAAAACCCCUCCUUUAGCGAGGUAUGGGGAAACGGGGGGUGGGUGAGGAGAGGUGCGGUGUUGUUGGAACGGGAAAAGGGGGAAAGGGUGCGGGUGGGGGCGCGGGAGGGGCAGCGGGAGGGGGAUGGGAAUGACGUAAUUCUUACGCUUUCUUUUAUCGUGUCCUCUCCCGUUUUUUCUCCGUUCCCUUCCCUGCUCCCCUUCCCUGCUCCCCUUCCCUGCUCCCCUUCCCUGCUCCCCUUCCCUGCUCCCCUUCCCGCUCCCCGCCCCGCUCCCGACCUCGCUCCCCUCUUUGCCUCGCACCCUCUUGCACAUGCGGAAUGCUUGGAGGGCUACAGCGGGUUCCCGCGGAGCUGGCACGCGCUGUCCACGGACUGUGCGCGCACGGCGGACUUCAAGGGGUGCUCGCGCAAGCUCGUGCAGGCGAGCUUCUUCCCCACGGCGUUUGAGAGCGAGUUCGGCGAGAUUGAUACUUCUUCCGAUUGGCGCUCGCCUCGUGAUGCUGACGGCCAUGGCUCCUGGGUCGCCGCUGCGGCAGCGGGCAAUCGCGACACGCCCAUGACAGUCGCGCGCGGGCAGACCGUGGGCGCGGGCAGCGGCACAGCACCACGGGCGCGCAUCGCAGCAUACAAGGUCUUCUGGCGCAGCAGCGAAUCUUCAGGCCUCGUAGCCACCACCGCGGACAUCGAGCAGGCCAUGGAUCAAGCCGUAGCGGACGGCUGCGCUGUUAUCUUGCUGGCUCUGGGUGCUGUGGACGGCGGGCAGAGCUACUUUGAUGAUCUGCCGGUGCUGUAUGCGAGCAUGGCGGGAACGCUGGUGGUGGCCGCGGCUGGGAAUGGCGGGAAGGGCAGUGAGGCGGCGCGGACUGUCGUAAACUUCUCACCGUUUUACUUGACGGUCGGGGCAACCACCAUCAACCGGCGCUUCUCAGCAAAGCUAAUGCUGUCCAACGGCUCAGAGCUGGACGUGAACGGGCUGGGAGCGGGCAGCAGCGCAAUCACCAACGUGCCCAUCAUCCACUCGCCCGACGCCAAGCUCGCCUCCGCUGCCGCUGCCCAGGAGAGCCCUGCGAGAUUCCAAGGAAGCACCCUGCUUUCCCCUCUGCAACCAACAGCCACCGCAAUCACCAACGUGCCCAUCAGCCCUGCCAAGGUGGGCAAGGGAGGGAGUGCUACCAGGCCAGGGCGGACGGGUUUGCACCCGGCAAGCUUUGAGUCGACUGAAACCCCACCUCUUCCCCUCUUUCCCCUCUUUCCCCUCUUGCCAGGCGGGCGGGUUUGCAGUGCACCAGGGACGUUAGACCCAGCACUGGCGGACGGGUGUGCACCAGGGACGCUCGACCCAGCACUGGUGAACGGCAAGCUAGUGGUGUGUGUGGCGGGGGGUGACGUGCCUCUGACCGCAAAGGUGACCGAGGCCAAGGCAAAAGGCGCGGUGGGCGUGGUGCUGCACAGCUCGCCGCGCACCAACCAGCCGUAUGCUCGCGACCUGCCCGUGGUGGGCGUCAGCGUGGGAGACUCCGAUUCCCUCCUCGCCUUCCUCCAAACACCCAAUCCACCCUUAACCUCUCACCUCUCCAUUCCCCACUCUCCUGCGCCCUUCCCCUUCUUCCACCCUGCACCCGCACCCGCGCCACCACCCAUUCCCCGUCCCCUCACCCUUCUCCCGUGCAGUCCGCAUGCGUCCCUCUCGUCAGCAUUCACAACAGCAUCCGACCUGCCAGCGCCAGUCAUGUACGCAACAUCCUCCACCGGCCCUCUCUCUCAAGGCGCCACCACAGACGUAUUCAAGCCCGACCUCGUCGCUCCAGGCGCCUUCAUCUGGGCCGCCUCCAGAGGCACAACCCUCUCAGACACCACAGAGUUCAAGAUCGGGUCCGGGACGUCUGUGGCAGCAGCACACGUGGCAGGGGUGGCUGCGCUGCUGAUGCAGUGGAAUCCAGCGCUCACACCCGUGCAAGUCAUGUCCGUGCUGACCACUACUGCCAAUGCGACCAUGGUGAGGCAGGACCCGGUGAAAGCAGAUGCGCCCACGCCUAUGGAUAUGGGCGCGGGGCACCUGGAUGUUGACGAGAUGUUCAGUCCUGGGCCUGGGCUGGUUUACAAUGCCGAGGUGCCACACUUUCUGCGGUUUCUCACCGGGCAGGAUGCGGCGCUUGCUGGGAAGAUUCUCCAGGACGGGCAGGAGGUGUCGCCGCUCGCCGCCCGGGAUCUCAACCGGGCAGCGAUCGCCGUGUCGAAUCUGCAAGGCGCGGUUACGGUAACGCGCGUGGUUACCAAUCUGGGCGCCACGGCAACGUAUAAAGCAAGUGUGGUGGAGCCGGCUGGUGUGGAUGUAGAGGUCACUCCUGCAAGCUUCACCAUUGAAACAGGUGCUGCCAAUGCUAUGAGAUUCUCGGUGAAACUGACCCCGCGUGCGGGAGCGGCAGCAGCGGGGAGUGGGUGGAGGUUUGGCAGCCUGACUUGGAGCGACAGUGCGGGCCACAGAGUGAAGUCGGUGAUUGCAGUGGAGGUUUAG